AGCCACUAUCUCACAUUCGAAGGACAGCAAGAGAGCAGCAGAUAGAGAGAACAAGUCACAAAACAUGAGCUGAAAUGCUCAUCCCGUUUUUCAGCAAGCAGCAGCAGAACAAUUCCGUUUCCCGGAGAUUGAACCGUUGGAUCGUCGUGAUUUUUGGACAGCAGCUUCACAGCAUCUGGGCCAACAUUCUGGACGGUGGAGAUCGGGUUUUGAGAUCCGGAGGUCGGGUUUCGUUGGUCUGGACAGUAGCUAUGUUUCUGGUGAUAUUUUUCUUAUCUUGGCUCUAUUUGAUUCCAUACACCUUGAUGUGCUUACUUCCAAGGAUAUGAUGAUUUUGUAUGCCUCUAGUAUUAUCUAGAGAAGACUUUGUACUGCUCCUUUGAUGAUGAUAGUGGAUUUAAGCGGCCAAAAUGGUCCCGUGGUUUUUCCCUAGUUAACGGGUUUUCCACGCUAAAAUUCCGGUGUUUUUGUGUGGUGUGUGCUUACUGUUUUAGCUCAUUAUAUUGGUGUGUGGCAGCAAUAUUGUGUGUUCUAAUUGUAUUAAGAACACCCUAUUUGUUUGCAUCCUCAAAGGUUCAUUCAGGUUGGGAAAGUUUAGCCAAACGGAGAUUAAUUCCGCAUUUUAUUAGUUCCGUUUGUGGCUGUUUUUUCCCCAUCAUAAUUAAGGACUCAUUCCCUUAUUAAGUCCUUAUAAACUUUUUUACUAAAACCCAACUGCCGAGGACUUAAUGAGGGACUACUCUAACGACAAAGAUUCCCUUAUAAGAGUCCGUAUUAAUUUUCCAUCACUCACGUAGUGAUCCUACUAGGUGGAACUCCACAUAUGAUAUGUUGGAUACAGUGUUGAAAUACAAGGAUGUUUUUGUGAGAGUUGAUCUUCCUAGGGAGUUGGAAGAUAUGGGACGUUUAAAUCCCCGUAGUGAUGAGGACUUGGAGACGCUUCAAUAUCUUGUUGUUUUUCUGAAGGAAUUUUAUGAGUUGACUUAAAAUGUGUCAGACUCGUUGUAUGUCACAAGUAACACAUGAUUCUUCCAUAUAUGUCAUACUCUUGAUUUGUUGGAAAAAUAUGUUAUUAGUAAUAAACUUGCUAUGAAAAAUAUGGCAACUAAAAUGAAAUUUAAGUAUGACAAAUAUUGAGGUGAUAUUGAAAAGGUGAACAAAUUGAUAUACAUGGGUAUGUACCAUUCUUGACCCGAACUUUAAAUUGAUUGGAGUGAAUAUUGCUCUUGUUGAUAGUUAUGGUGAAAAGAAAUGCACAACCUUUAUUUGAAAAGAUUAAGAAAUGUGCUUAUGAUUUGUAUGAGUAUAGAAGAGUGUUUUCUCCUCCGGUUGUGGUUGAUGAGAGUGGGGUAACUAGUAGAUCAAGAGUAACUUCUUCAGUCGUUGGUUCUUCUACUUUGAUGAAUCUUGUUAAAGAUCGGGUUAGACAAAUGAGUGGGUCACAACAUUUUUCAAGAAGCGAGUUUGAUCGUUACCUUGAUGAGGAAAGAGGGGAUGAGGAAGAGAAGGAUGUUUUGCCUUGGUGGAAUCUAAACAGUUCUAGAUUUCCGGUAGUAACGCGUAUGGCUCGUGAUAUAUUAGCAAUACCGAUAUCAAUUGUGUCAUCAGUAAAUUAACAUCAAAUUUUUUUAAAGCUAUAUUUUUAUUCUUGAUUUUUUCUUGCUUUGUAAUAAGAUGGUGCGUGCUCUUAUUUGUGGUCAAGAUUGGAUUAGAUCUAAUUGGCGAAAAACAAGGAUAGAUGUGAAAGAAAAUUUAAAGGAAUUGCAUGAGGUGGAAAAAGGUAUUUCUUUAGAUUUGUAAAUUUAUGAUAUGAUGAAGUUCGACUGGUUCUUAUAUUUUAAGAAUUAAUUAAGAAUGUCGAGACAUAUAGUGUGGAUAUUUCAAAUUCUUUGUUUGGGUUCGUGUGAAAUAAAUACACGUGAAGUGAUAUUUUUCUGUGGUUGAUGUUGUAUAAUCUUUCAAGUCAUUAGUUUGAGUUGUCUUUUGUGGAGCUAAUAAAUGCCUAUACACUAAUUCUCAAUUUGGUCUGGUCUUUUAAUUUUUUGAUCAAUUUAGUUUGUACAAGUUUGGUCAAAUGCCUAUACACAAUGCUAUUUGGUCACAUUUAGUCCCUGUACACGUUUGGAUGUAAACUUAAAGGGUAUUUUGUCCGUUCUUCACUAAAUUCAGUUUGGGAAUAGGUUUUCUCCCCCACCAUGUACUUUGUACCCAAUUUAGCUCUCAUGUGUCCUAAAAUACACUUCUAUCAGAUUGAAAUAUGUCCAACUGGUCCUAGGACAUAGUUGAGGCCUUGAGGGACUAAAUCGUUGGGAAAUAACUCUCUUUCUUUCUACGUUUUGAUUGUAAUGCUCAUAUUAAUUUUGUUUUAAUUUGAUUUUAAUUUUUGUAGGUGUGGAAGAGACAAGUUGUGUUACCGAAGAACUAGUUUAUGUUACUUGAAGUUGCAAGCUUUAAUACUCCGUAUUACAUAAUCAUGUUGGUAUGGUUUAUGUUGGUUGAUGUUUUUUUAAUAAGUUGUAAACCUUAUACUUUAUGAGGAAUUUUGUGGAUUUGUGGACAUGUGAAAUUUUAGUUGGGACAUGUGAAAUUUUAGUCUAUAGUCUAUACAUGUGAAAUUUGCAAACGUUAUACCAAAAGUUGUAAACCUUAUAUUUGGGGUUUUUAGACAUGUUGCA